AUGUCCACCAUUUGCGCAGCUUUGAAUUCACAACGUCGCCUACAUUGGGUGAUUGGUAUCGGUCCUAAUCGUAGGGUACUGGGAUGUGAUGUGUCAAGUGAGGAACGGGACACCCUCAGACAAGCGUUUAUCUAUUCUGUGCGUUCUGGAAUUCGACCACAGCUUCAUCCUGAACUUGUUCAGUUGGAAUUCGUCUCCGUGGAGAACCAACAUCUUAAUGGAAAUGACGCACGACUAUUAGUUACUAUCACAAUCGACCACAAAGUGUCUAUGCUGUAUCAAGUACAACCUGGACGUAUCUUCUAUGUAUCAAAGAAUGAAGUGAACGAGGUCAAAGGCGGCAUCAACGAGGCUCUUUGUUUAUUGAGUAUGAAGCGGAAGAGUGACAUUAAGUCAGUUUUUGAUCAGGCUUCUUAUGGUUAUUUGAGAUUCAAAGCGAGCAGAAAUGCCACGUCUCUUGGAGUCCUCAUGAAAGUUUCUGCUUACUUUGCUACAGGAUUAGGUUUCGCCUUUUGUGCUCGAUAUCUCCUU